AUGGGCACGUUUCUCCUCGUGGUGGGAAUCAGCUGGGUGAACCUGGAUCUCACCUCCCUCCUCGACGGUGAGGACAAGAAGUCCAAGAACAAGCGGGGCGUCCUGCCCAAACAUGCCACCAACAUCAUGCGCUCAUGGCUCUUCCAGCAUCUCAUGCACCCCUACCCCACAGAGGACGAGAAAAGGCAAAUCGCUGCCCAAACCAACCUGACCCUCUUGCAAGUCAACAACUGGUUCAUAAAUGCCCGGCGGCGCAUCCUGCAGCCAAUGCUUGAUGCCAGCAACCCGGACCCAGCCCCCAAAGCCAAGAAAAUCAAAUCUCAGCACCGGCCCACCCAGCGGUUCUGGCCCAACUCCAUCGCCGCUGGGGUCCUGCAGCAGCAGGGUGGCAAUUCAGGGACAAAUCCUGACGGCUCGCUCAGCAUGGACAACCUGCAACCCCUCUCAUCAGCCACGGCCACCAUGGCCAUGCAGCAGGCCAUGCUGGCGGCCCAUGAUGACUCCCUUGACGGCACCGAGGAAGAGGAGGAGGACGAGGAGGAUGAGGAUGAGAUGGAGGAGGAGGAAGAAGAGGAGGAAGAGCUAGAGGAAGAGCCUGGUGGCCUCCCGGCAGCGCCCGGCGCCGACCUUGGCUUGGACCACAGUGACUCGCUGGAAUAGCUCCUCCUGCGCCCUCCCAAAUCAUUGAUGGCACCGGAAACAAAACUCCCCCCAAAAUGCCAAAAAACCCCGGCAAGAACAAAAACAAAAUUGGUGACAAAAAAAGCAAAUUGGAGGCGCUGGCGGAUGCCCCGGCUGC